AUGUCUGACUUAGUUACUGGUGCCAAUGGGUUUCUUGCUCAAUUCAUCGUCAAUGAAUUACUAAAUCAUAACUAUAAAGUUAUUGGGACUGUUAGAACUCAGGAGAAAGCCGACUAUUUUGCAAAACUAUACAAUAAUCCAAACUUANNUCAUGAGAUUGUUUCCGAUAUUGGUAAGCCAGGUGCCUUUGAUGAAGUAUUAGAAAAACAUGCCAAGGAUAUCAAAUAUGUUUUGCAUACUGAAUCUCCAGCCACAUUUGUAGCUGAUGAUGUUGAAAGAGAUAUUAUAAAUCCAGCUGUUAAUGGUGUUAAAGGUAUAUUAGCUUCAAUUAAAAAAUUUGGUACCAAUGUAGAAAGAGUGGUAUUAACUUCUUCAUAUGCAGCAAUUACUAAUCCUUUCGGGGAAUUUAAUCACAUUUUAACUGAGAAAUCUUGGAAUGAUAUUACAUUGGAACCAGCUAAAUUGAAUGGGAUGGCUGCUUAUUGUGCUUCUAAGGUAUUUGGUGAAAAAGCAGCAUGGGAAUUUUACAAUACAAAUAAAAAAAAUGUAUCAAUUAAAUUCAAAUUUGCCACAGCAAAUCCAAGUUACGUUCUUGGUCCUCAAUUUUUUGAAAGUGAACUAAAGAAUUCACCAGCGCUACGUUCCACUGGUAAAAUCUUCAAUGGACUAAUCCAUGCCACACCGGAUCAGAAGAUUAAUCAAAGCUUUUAUGGGCUUCAUAUCGAUAUCCGUGAUGUUGCUAAGGCCCACCGUAUUGCUAUUUCUAAAGACGAAGAUAUUGAGCAAAGACUUGUUCUGGCCACUGGACCAUUUACUGAGCAAAACGUUAUUAAUCAAUUGAAUGAAGACUUCCCUCAAUUGAAAGGUAAAAUACCAGAAUCAAAACCAAUUGAAUUGGACACGGACGCUUACUUAGCCAAGUUCGACUUUACCAAGACUGAAGAACCCCUAGGGUUUGAAUAUAACCAACUGAAGAAAUCAAUUAAUGACGCUGCUGCUCAAAUUUUAAAGGCUGAAGAGAACUAA